UUUCAGACAAAACACAUGCCAUCUGAUGAUUUUGUUAAAACUGCCAGAAAGGCACUAAUCUCACAUUCUGUCUCAAUUCAGAAUUACACAGAAGAUGAUUGUCAGAUUGCAUUUCAUGCAACAACGAAUUCUUUUAUGCAGACGAUCCGUCUCGUGCACAUAUUCUUCUGCACAUUUGGAGCCAUAUCAUCAUCUCUCUUUAUCUACGUACUUUUAAACUCAUCAUCAAGAAAUUUGCAUCGAAAUCUUCGAAUAUCGCUUGCAUCUCUCGCAUUUGCAGCACUCAUUGCGUGCCUUCAACUUGAUUUUAUUGCAUUCUACCAUUUGGCACUCACUUUGACAGCAGACAAUGCUUGUGAUUCUAUGUAUGAAGCUCGAAAAUGUGCAAUUCUCAGGUUUCCAGUUGUUUUAUCCAUUUAUGCAACACUUUGUGGAAUUAUUGUUUUGGCAAUUGAGCGAACAAUUGCAACUUUGAAGUAUAAAACUUAUGAGGCAAACGGUUCUCGAGUAGUAGGACUUGUCUUAGUCACAGGACAAUGGUUUGUUUGUAUCAUAGUUGCAGUAUUCUCAGUUCUUCUUCGAUCUGAUCCUGGAUACGUGCAUUACUGUACAGCAUACGUGUCUCAUCCAAGAACUUCAGUUUUCUCAUUGUGUUUUAUGUCAGCCUUGGAAGUUGCCACACUGGUUUAUUUUGUCUUACUUCUUCAAUCAAAUCAACGAAGACAAGUGAACGAAUUUGUGAACAAAGCAAUGCAUUCAUUGUCUGAAAGAUAUCAAUUACAGGAAAAUGUGAGAAUCAUGAAAAUUUUAAUUCCUUCUAUCACAGUUCAUGCAAUUCUCGGGUUCAUUGGUCUUGGGUCUAUGUUAGCUUUUGCAAUAAUAUAUAGGUAUGCUGAUGAACGUCUUAUUGUGGGAUUUGCACCGUUCUCGGAAGUUGUAUUACUCGUGAUUCCCAUAUACGCAGUUGUAUUUCCAAUUGUUGCAGUCGUUCAAAAUAAGCAACUUCGGCUGGCGUCUAGAAGGGCUCUACCAUUCUUGUUCAAUCCAGAAUCGCCAGAGACAAGUGAAAUGUUACCUGCCGAUCCUCCUCCCUUACAUAAAAUCAUUACAAGUCGACCGAGUCGUCAAUUGGAAAAAGAAUCAAAUACACAUUUUGAUUUGCUCAACGAGAUGUGGAAAAAGUGAAAAAGAAUAUUGCCUUCAUGAUAAUAACGGGUUUUUCGAAUUUGAUAAUUACAAUUUGAAAAUAGAAAUAUGAAAUUUUAAAUCUCUA